AAUGAAUAUAUAAAGAUAGAUUGUAAUUAAAUUUUAAAAAUAAAUUUGUAUUUAUUAAAAAAAAUGGAAAUAAAUCAGAUUACUAACUUGUCUCUAAAAGAGAAUAUACACAAAUUGUUAGAAAUGUGUGGUUCAACAACCAAAAAAAAAAUAUUUUGUAAACUUGAGGAUUGCAGUCAAUCAAAGUUAACGAUUGGAAUGUUUUUUGAAUUUAUAAAACUUGUGUAUCAAGUUAAUGACAAUUGUGAAAAUUUGACUGCAAUAUUGGCCGCAAGAAACAAGCUUGAUUGGAGCAAACUAGCAAAAAUUAAUUUACACUGUGAUAUACAAAAUCAUAGUAGUACCAAUGACAAAUACGUUGAUAGUAAUGUCAUGCAGAGACAUAAAAACAGUAGUGUAACAGAAGAAACUUUGUCUGAUACAGAUGAUAACGAUAUUAAAUGUAUGAUACCUUCAAAUAUACAAUUUAAAAAUAAACAGAUAUGUAGCAAUAAUAAGAAUUUAGUAACUAAUCUUGAAAGUUGCAAUCAAAUUGUACAAAGUCCACUACAAAUAGAAGAUGCAAACUUUGCAAGAUCUGUAGAUGCAACAGAAAAUUUUUUAAUUUCAUUGAUGAAGACAAAUUUAAGUGAUGUAUUACACGAAGGUUUAUUAGAUUCAAUAUUGCCAUACAUGAUUCCAAAGCCUGUUAUUUCACAACCUAUUAUUAAAAAAUCAAUUAUAAAUACAGAAGUGAAGAAAUGUAGUUCACUGAGUAAUAAUAUCGAGACAAGAGCAAUUACAAAUAUUGCACAUAAAGAAAAAGAGAAAGAUAAAAAUAAAUCAAGUAAAAGAUUGGUCGACAAUGAGGUGGAAAUUCAUGUUUGCGAUGAAGAGAAAAACAUUAAAAAAAGUUUCCAUUGCUCUCAGAAACUUCUUAUUCAAAAGAUGCGUUAUUUCGCUGAUGUGACAGUAGGACAAAAAUUAGAGGAAAUAGAUAUAUCAGUUCACUGUGAUGUUACAAUUUUUGACUGGCUAAUGAGAUGGGUGAAAAAAGAUAUUCUAAAAAAAUCUGAAUGGCCAACUUUGGAAAUCAAUAAUGUCAUUCCAAUUAUGGUGUCUGCAUCAUUUUUACAAAUGGAAUCGCUAUUGGAAAGUUGCCUGCAAUAUUGCUAUGAAAAUAUAUCCGAUAUAUUAAAGACAUCGAUAACUGGUUUAAAUGAUAAUCUUUUGAUAAGAUUGGUAGAAAAAUUUACAAAUGAAGACGUUGAAGCAUUAAAAGACAAAAAGGAUAAAAUUCAAAGUAAAUUAUUUUGUAAGUUAAUUAUGUCACUUGCUGAAGGAAUACCAGAUAAUAAAAGAGGACACUAUAGUUCUUUAGCUACUUUAUUUAAAUGCAGCAAAUGUGGGAAAAAUAUUAUUCAAUCAAUUUCUAAUUAUGUGCCAUGUGUUCCAAGUGCAAUGAAAAUUGAUAACCAGGGAAAUAUUCACAGUAAACACGUAAGAGAUUUAACAUGGACUUUAAAUGAUUACAUUGUUACUCUUCGAAUGGAAUUGCGUUCUUGGCGUAAAGUUUAUUGGAGACUCUGGGGUGAUUGUCAUUUUUUAUUUUGUACACAGUGUAAUAUAUAUUUUCCAAUGCAUCAGUUUAAGUGGUGCUGCUAUCACGCAGAAUUUCCACAAUUUUUUAUUAAUGAGCAACAGCGGUCUAUACCAUUCCCUUUGGGCAGAUAUCCGUGUUGCAGUCAACGAGCAUACAAGUUCGAAGUAUUACCAAAUUAUGAAGGUUGUAGGUAUAGGGAACAUAUCCCGAAUAUUAGAACGCAAAGAGAUAUAAAUGUAUUGAAUAUUUUUACAGUACAUAGGGAAAUAAUAGGUAUGGAACCACCACAAUUAUUUUUCCCAGAGAAAAUUACAAGACUAGUAGCUCGUGACGCGUCACUUCAACCGGGGAAAUUAAUAUGCAAAGAUAUAAUGUGGUGGAUCGGUAUAGAACUUACACCACAGCGACCAAGACUUGGACUUUUAGGAAAAAUUUGGAGUGGUUCAGGAUUCCGACGAAUAUCUCAGAUGCAAGAUCUACAAAAAUCGUCGCAGAAGAUUCGUCAACAAAUUUCUAUUACAACAGACACUUCAUCGAUUACGUCUUCGAUGACGGAUAGUGAUAUUGAUGAUGGUAUUACAACUUAUGAAAAUAGUAGUAUUGAUGAAGAAUCAAAUUACAGUGAAGAAUCUUACGCGUGGCCUUCAUUAAAAUCUAAAAGUAAAAUAAAGAAGAAAUCAAGAAAUGAAAUCAUAUGGAGAAAUAAUGGUCGAUCAUGGAGUGGUAACUUAAAUGUAAGACACAAUCAAGAUAAUCAAAGAGAUUUUGAAGAAAGUGCAGCUUUACAAAUGAUAACGCUAUUAACGAAAAGAAUAUCUACAGACUCUUAUUCGUUAUUAAAAUCAUCUACUAAACACAAUCGGAUAAAAAAGCAAUUAAAUGCAGGAGGAAUUUAUACAAAAUUGGAAGCUGAAUUUCGUGAUCAACUAAAUCAAUCUUAUAAAAGUAAAAAUAUAACUGGGAAGUAUUUUUUACGCACAAAAUUAAAUAAAUCAUAAGUAUUUCAGACUAGUACAAUUGUUGCUAUUUUAUAUGUUGGACAUUUUUUUAAUUAAUAUUUAUUAUUUUAAACUUUUUAUAUUUUUGUAAUUAUGAAAUUAAUGAUUAUUUAUGGGCAU